GCAGCAUUCACAUACAUCGCCGGACGGAUGGGGUUGUUUGAUGCGGCGACCGUAGAAUGGUGGGUACCGGCGAGUUACCUAUUGCUGGCUGGAAUCGCGGAUGUUGCAUGGAAGUCUCGGGAAGGAGUCCAUGAAGCGGCUACCAAAUCCAAUGACGACACAGACUCGACAAACACCAGCUUGUUGGCCCCGCUCAUACAUGAAGGCGCAGAGAACAGUGACCGUCCUCCCAAGUAUAAUGUCACAGCGACUGGAGUGUUGUGGUCAACCCUAAGCAUAUCCUGGGGGCUGUGCAUCUAUCAGGGAGUCAGAGCCAUCGUGGAGUUGGUACGGCACGGCGCCGACACCACCGUGUUCGUCUCGUCGACGGUGCUGUGCAUCGCUUGGGCCGCCGCCUCGGUCCUCCGCAGCAGGGACCACUGGCGGGAGGCGGCCAAGGAGCCUUCGAUCGGAAGCGACGGGCUCCCGGCCCGCAGGAAGCUUUGGUGGGUGUUCUGGCCGUUCUACAACCUGUCGUUUAUGACCGCGCUGGUCGCGGUUAUCGACCGGGCCGGGCACGGCGGGAAGAGCUGGUCCGGAGUUGUCAGCGUCGUGGCGGACGACAGGCUGUGGAACGUGGUCGCCCUUGCACUCGCCCUGUCCUUCGUGUCGCACUCGGUGGCGAGGGGGGCCGAGGUUACGCUGUGCACCCGGAAGCCGAACGGCGAAUUCACGGCGAGGUUUCUGUCGGCCGGGCUUUUCUCGUGGUUCUCUCCGGUUAUCGACAUUGGGCAGAAGAAGCAGCUCGAUUUCGAUGACCUGCCCAUGCCGAUCGAUGACGACCUCUCCAGUACCGUGUGGAAAAAGAUGGACGAGGCGGAUCCUCGAAGCCCUCUCCCGUCCCUCUCUCUUCGCUGCGGCAACAAGGAGGAGAGCAAGCGGCGCGGCGAGACUAGUGCGAGGGUGCAGGAGGGGGCGCAAAGUGAAGACGGCGGUGCCGCGGCCGUGAAGGAGUACGGGCUAUUGUGGCGCAUGUGGAGGGUGACGAAACCAAUGGUGAUUUCUCAGGGGCUGUGGCAGCUCGUUGCGACGCUGACGGAGUUCCUGCCGUCCAUCGCGAUGCAGCAGAUCAUCGACUUCGUGACCUCGUACAACAAGGAAGGGGGGCCGGUCACGGGAAGGAUCACGUUUUUCGUGGUGCUGCUGUUCGUAGGCCCCAUCCUGCAGGGCCUGGCGGACGGCAGGAACUUCCACAUCGGAAGGCGGAUCGGCUGCAGGGUGCGCGGGUCGCUCGUGGGAUCCAUCUUCCGGAAAAUGCUAGUCAUGGACACGGCUUCUUCGACCUACAGCUCGGGGCAGCUGACCAACCUCAUGUCCGUGGACGCUCAGAGCGUGCUGGAGUACAGCUGCUACACGCACUUCAUCUGGGCGACCAGUCUUCAGAUUAUCGUGUCCGUUGGGCUUCUGUUCUACGUGUUGGGACCGGCCGCCUUUGGCGGUGUCUUGUUCAUGGUCCUGAGCGUGCCGCUCGGCAAGUACACCACGAAGAAGACGCAGACCUUCCAGAAAGUUCUCAUGACGCGGAAGGAUGACCGCAUGUCUGUCGUUGGAGAAACGAUGCAGGGCAUUCGCAUCAUCAAGUUGUUUGCGUGGGAGAGAGAUUUCAUGUCGAAGAUCGACAAGACCCGCCGCAACGAGAUGCGGUCGCUUCGCAGCUACAUGGUGAUGAUGGCCGGUGUUAUCGUGCAGUGGAAUUCAGUGACGACCCUGGUGGGCCUGUGCACCUUCUUGUUCCACACGAGGCUGUUGGGGCGAACUCUCACCGCGUCCCAGGGAUUCACGUCUUUGAGCCUCUUCGGUAUCCUCCGGUUCCCACUUCUUGUGCUCCCCGACGUGGUCAACUUCUACCUUCAAGCCCGCGUGUCCCUGGGCCGAAUCGAGACGUUCCUGGGACGGAGGGACAUCGAGGGCCAGCCGGUGGACACCGAGUUGACGCGUAGCGUUCACCUUGCCGGCGCGCCGAGGGCGCCGAUCGGCGGCCUCCUUGUCCAAAACGGAACUUUCGCUUGGCCCCCAUCGGAAAGGGAGAAAGUCUCCAACGACGGAGAAGAAGACGGGCGCGAAGCGCAGGAGCUCCGCAGGAGCUCCGCAGGAGACGACGACGGCAGCAGGUCCGCCGCCAACACCCCCACGACGUCGCCCACCUCGUCCCUCUGGUCACCCCAAGAGGAGGAGUCCAUGACCCUGAGCGAUGUGACCCUCGAGGUCAAGCCUGGGGAGCUGGUGUGCGUCUACGGGCCCACCGGGUGCGGCAAGUCGAGCCUGUUGUUGUCGCUCUUGGGCGAGGUUCGCCGCGUUGAGGGCACCGUGGAGAUAAAUGGGACGGUGGCCUACGCCGCACAGCGCGCCUGGAUACAGAACGCCACCCUUCGUGACAACGUGCUCUUCGGCUCCCCCUACGACCCCGAGCGCUACGCCCGUGUUCUCUCCGCCUGCGCGCUGACUGCCGACCUCGACCUUCUCGAGGCUGGCGAUCAAACCGAAAUCGGGGAGAAGGGCAUCAACCUCUCCGGCGGGCAGCAGCAGCGGGUGUCUCUGGCCCGCGCGGUGUACGCCCAGGCGGACGUGUACCUGCUCGACGACGUGCUCUCGGCGGUGGACGCCCACGUCGGGGAGCACAUCUUCAAGCACUGCGUCCGCGGGAUGCUUCGCGACAAGGCGGUGGUUCUGGUGACUCACCAGGUUCCCAUGACGGCGCGGUACGCGAACCGGGUGGCGCUGAUGAGCGUGGACGGGCGAAUGGUGGAAGUGGGCAAUCCCCGGGAGCUCAUGGAAGACGAGAGCUCGCGCCUCUCUGCCCUCAUCAACAAGGUUGGUGGUGGUGGGAGGCUAAUGCGGCAGCCCAGCGUGGAAAUGGAGACUAGCAGUGCCAAGGUCGAGGCGGGGGUCAACUCCAAGGAGAAGGCUGAGAAGGAACGCGAGAAGAACCAGCUCGUCAAGGAGGAGUCAAGACAAAGGGGCUCUCCCGAAUUCGGCAUCUACGUGGCCUACUGCAAGGCCGCAGGGGGGAUCUUCCUCUUCGCGAUCCCGUACCUGUGCUUCCAUGCCUCGUACAACAUGUUGCAGUUUGGGCAGAACCUGCUCUUGUCUCGCUGGGUGGACAAGCUGGAGGCUAACUCCAACGAUACCCCCGCAAUGUGGCAAUACAUCGGCAUCAGCUUCGCCGUGAUCGCGGCGGUGUUCUGCAGGUCGCUGGUCCAGAGCCUGGCGUCGUUGAGGGCGUCCACCGCCAUGCACGACGCCCUGACGAAGAACGUCAUGCAUGCGCCGGUCGGGUGGUUCGAGCGCACCCCCCUUGGGCGCAUCCUCAACCGGUUCAGCUCCGACGUCCAGGAGGUAGACAAGGAGGUAAUGGACGCCAUCGGAUCCACGCUGGUCUGCCUGUUCUCGGCCCUGUCCAUCGUGACCGUCAUCGUAUACACGGUGCCCUUCUUGAUACUGGCGCUCGUGCCGAUAUCCUGCUUGGCGAUUGUGCUAGGCCACCGCUACCUGAACGCCAGUCGGGAGCUCAAGCGGCUGGACAGCGUGUCCAAGUCACCCAUCUAUGCGCAUUUCACGGAGUCUGUCAACGGCGUGUCCACGAUUCGCGCUUUCGGGGCGCAAGCGAGGUUCGUCGAGGAGAGCUGUCGUCGCGUGGACAGGUGCAACCGCGCGCACUUUUACCUCUGGGUUAGCAACAGGUGGUUCAACGUGCGCAUCCAGCUCGUCGGAGCCACGGUCGCCUUCCUCGCGGGGGCCUUCGUGGUCUGGUGGGGCAAGGACCACAUCGAGGCGACGGUGGCCGGGCUGGCCCUCCUGUAUGCGCUGCAGUUCACGGACUCGGUCAAGUACCUCGUUCGCCAGCACGCCCUGCUGGAGAUGCAGAUGAACUCGGUGGAGCGGAUUCUGGAGUACACGAAGAACGUGCCCCAAGAGGCAGCCCGGGUUGUCGAGGGCCGCCGGCCUGCGCCAACGUGGCCGUCGGAGGGGGCGCUCUCGGUGAAGAAUUUGACCGUGCAGUACCCCAGCACCGACGCGCCCGUGAUCAGCGGGAUGUCGUUCGACGUGGCCCCGCGGACCCGGGUAGGCGUCGUCGGUCGGACGGGGGCCGGGAAGUCUAGCCUGAUGACGGCUCUCUUCCGGCUCGUGGAGCCGUCUCCCGGCUCCGAGAUAACGAUCGACGGGAUGGACGUGCUCAAGAUGGGCUUGGCGGACCUCCGUUCGCGGCUAGCGAUCGUGCCUCAGGACCCCAUUUGCUUCCGCGGGACUGUGAGGUCAAACUUGGACCCGUUCCUGGAGUACAGCGACGUCGACAUGUGGGAGGCCCUGCGGCACGCCCACAUGGACAACUCCAUCCGAAGCGCGGGCGGGCUGGACGCCCCCGUGGACGAGAGCGGGGGAAACUUUAGCGUGGGAGAGCGCCAGCUGAUGUGCAUGGCGCGGGCGCUGCUUCGAAAGUCAUCCGUGCUCGUGAUGGACGAGGCCACCGCCAAUGUGGACCCCGAAACCGAUCUCCUCAUCCAGUCCACGAUGCGAGAAGAGUUCCGCAACUGCACGGUCUUGUGCAUAGCGCACCGGUUGCACACGAUCAUCUACUACGACAGGGUGAUGGUACUAGAGCGGGGCGAGUUGAUGGAGUACGCCUCCCCCCUGGAACUACUGGACGACCCCAACAGCCUUUUCUACGCCCUCUGCAAGAAAACGGGCGCUCUCGAGCAGCUCAAGGAGACCGCCAGGGUCGAGCAGGAAGAGAGGCUCGCGAGGGACGGGGGAGCAGAUGGAGGUGGCGGUGGCGGGGGGAUGGCCACAUCUAAGUAGGCCAGCGGGGUGGGCUAGGCCGGACACCGACUUAUGGUUUCAUUGUUGUUGAGAUUUCGUGUCCCCGGAAACUAACUCUGUCGGGAGAGAGAGGGACGGUGAGAUUCGUUUUUUUUUUGCGGGUGUGGAAGGAAGGGAGGAUAUGGGAGGGGCGGAGAGUUCCAAAGUAUCCAAAGUAUGUUGCAACUCGCAACCAUCUGUGCCUUUUGGGAUAUGUUCGUGUUCGGCUUGCGCGGAGCGUUCGGUCGGUUUGGUGUCAUGACGGCAAAUGAACGCUAGAUUCUUGGCCGUCUGGUGAUGCGUUGUUGCCUCGAAGGAAUGACCCUCGGGUAAGCCGUUCCGUGGCCGAUGAUGUUUCACCUGUGUUGUUUGGUUUAUGGGUUCGAAGCCUCGUGCUUCAGUGUGCACAACAGGGAGUGGUGUAGGUAAACGUGUAGGAACACCCGCAGAGCGUGUGCAGCAGUAGUGUGGCAUGUUUCGAGUCUUCCGUAAACGGAGUGCAAGUUAAUAGCGAAGGAAUGAAGUUGGGCGAGGCAAACAACCACAUUCUUUGAUAACAAACCUCAGAAUUGGAGGCAUCAUUACGAAGCUGGAACGGUUGUCGGGGUAUUGAUCAAGCGGGUUCGACUUAAAAAAAGAGCCGUGGCACAACGUGGACUUGUGGACGAUUUUGGUGCGUGUUUUGUUGUAGAAACGUCAGAUCAUCACGCAAGUCCUGCUUGUGUAGCUUUUUCUGAAUGUGCUCGAUGUGGGCUUUUGCGUUUCUGCCUACAUUGUCCUGCCGCAGCUCACUACGUUUCCAUGUCCCUCCCUGUUGUGGACCGCAGAAUUCGGCCGACGUUUUAUUGUCGUUUGUCGCUUUACAGUACGUGUCAACAACAACACCAAAGCAACAAACUGCGUUCAAGAUGAAAAAGGGACUUGGGGGUGAAUAUCACGCCGUCUGAGGGAGUGUGCUUUCAGUCGCUCCAGAUAUUAUAGAUUUUUGUCGUGUAAUUAGAAGCAAGCGUGGUUCUCGUGCUCGAUCUGUAGUCUAUACAUCUUCACUUGAGCAGAGUGGGUGCAAAGUUGAAGCGCGCUAAGCGUGGUUUUGCUGGGCCUUGCGCGGUACCGGAGAGGCGAGGAACCUGCAACGUCCCUGCACACGAAUGCGUCGGUUUGUUUCUUGUGCGUGGAACGUUCGAUCCGCCCGUCUCGGGUACUCAGAAUAAGAUUCCUUAUAGACUUGAAGAUUUGAGGACGCAUCGAAACUA